UAUUUGUCUACUUUUUAUAUCUUUCAGGUUAUGCAGCAAUACAGAGCACGGGUUAUAUAGAUGACUAUAUGGAAGACUACCUCGAUAAGAAUCACUACACCGGUGCAGCUCUGGGAGUGGCCAGGGGCAACAUGUUGGUGUAUUCCAAAGGCUACGGGACUAGCGUUAAAGGCACAACCAUGGAGCCAUCGACGUUGCUUCCGGUGUCCAGUAUCUCAAAGACCAUCACUGCAGUAGCCAUCCUGAGGCUGGUGCAGGAUGGUAAACUGAGCCUUGCAGAUAGGGUCUUCGGAGGUGGAGGUCUUCUGCAGUCCUUGAAGCCAUGGAAAGGAGCGUCGGAUCACAGGUUGCAAAAGAUCACCGUGGAGCAUCUCCUGCACCACACAGCAGGAUGGAGUCAGCAGAAGCCCCCUCUGUAUGACCCCUUGAUGAACGAGGUCUAUCUGGCGAGGGGGCACAACGUCCUCAACAUCAGUAAAGAGAUGGAUCUCAUUGGAGAGCUGAAGCAGAAGGAUGUUAUUCAGUUCAUGAUGGGUCGGAAGCUGGAUCAUGCGCCUGGUACAACCUACGAAUAUUCUAACCUUGGUUACUCUAUCCUGGGCCAGGUUAUCGAAGAGGUCUCAUGGAUGAGCUAUGAGGAUUAUGUCAGGGAAUAUGUCUUUGAACCUUUGGGGAUGUGGCAGACAAGAUUGAAACCUCCUGGAGAAUCCGAUCCUACAGAAAAUAUCUACAGUAUUGCAUUUCAAGACGGGGAAGUGCCUUUCAUGGGAUACCCAAAUGCUAAAAGUCCAUCAAUUUCACUUAUUGAUUCAUCCUUAGGAUGGUAUUCCACUGUCUAUGACAUCAUGAGAUUUGUGACAGGUUUAGCGGACGGGACGUUGCUGACCAGAGACUCGUACCAAUAUCUACUGACACCUCCGUCAUCUCCAAUGUUCGAGCACCAGGAAACAUGGCCAGGUAUGGGUGUGAGAGUCUCUAAUACAGGAGCUUGGUGGCAGGUGGCAGAUCCUCACGACAAUGAAAUCAUCAUCUUUCACCAGGCAACAUCAAUGGCUUUCACCAAGCCGAAAGACGCGGAUGUGGACUCCAUGAGCUGGGUGCUCAUCAUGUCCUCAAACAACAGGAAAAACCUGAGGCUGUUUGAUGAAAUCUUCUCUUCCAUCAACUGGCCUUUCAGGAAUCUGUUCUUAGAGGACUGCGGUCUAUCCACUCAGGACACGGCAAAUGAUCCACAAGCAGUCUUGUUGCAGUCUAAAAUAUCAGAGCAUCGGUUUCCUACAUAUCUCAAUGCUUUAUCAAGGAGCAGCUUCUAUCCGACAUGGAUCAAUACAUACAACUUUAAUGGUGAAACAUUUAUGAGUGUGGUAUCCACCCAUCAACCAAACAAUGCUAAACCCGCAGCCGUAUCGGGUCUUUUAAUAUCUGAAUUGAAAUCGAAAGCUGAUGAAUUUUCUUCUCAGGGAUUGCAGUUGUCAUUCAUCAACAGUUACGGCAGUAGUGAUCAUCAAGGGCACAUCAUGCAGGCAGCCAUUUUCACAUCCUCAACAGAAAGGACAUUACUAUCAGGUUUUCAUAAAUCCUAUGAGCAUUACUUGCACAGUUUAGACAGGCACAGAGAACAGGGAUACCUCCCGGUGGUGCAGAGUAUUUCUUCGAGACACGGGACACCGACUGUGAGUUUUAUUUUUGAGAAACGGGGGAGUGCCAACUGGAACUCAUAUACCAACCUCACCCUCGAACAACUAGAUGGUGUGGUCAGGUCCAAUGCUCUUCUCGAUAGAACUUUACAUUACUUAGACUCUUAUAAUCAUCAAGGGACACUCUUCUUUUCAGCCAUAUUUCUGGAUGAAGGACUCCACACGUGGCACUUCCAGGCCACUGUGAGCGAGUUUGAAUUUCAAGAUGCUGCAAAAACUUACACACGUUUAGGUUAUCAUUCUUCGGUAAUCACAGGAUAUGAACAUAAUAAUGAAUUGAAUUUUGCUGUACUUUGGGUAAAGAAAUAAUUUAUUGCCAUCCAGUAUUCUCCUUCUUUUUCUAGGACUCUAGUUGUGAAUAAAGUUAUUUUGUGCUUUUGAAAAUAAGUUGAAGAAGGUUUUAUACUAUUUCAAGGAGUACAAGUAAGAAUAAAGGCAGUGGAAGCCGGAGUUGUUAAAUGUGUAUUGAAUCUUCCUUACUAACACAAUGAAUGUAACAAACUGUGUUGACUGGAUGUAACAUACUGAACCGCCCAAAAACUUAUCACGAUAAAAGGGGUCCUGGUGCCCCCUCACCCCCCCCCCCCCCCCUCCUCCAUAUCCUCCCAGUAUAUGCCUCGCUGAGCCUUGACAACCUAGAUGAUGUUAAGUUUUAAACUUUUUUAAACCAAAUCGGCCAUUUUGAAAAUGUAACCAAAUUUAUAUUCAAGUGCCUACAAUAAAAAUUAUUACAUUCACCUGUCACCUACAAACAUGUAUCUCAAUAGUCAAAAUUCAAAUUGCAACACUACUUACUGUAGGUAGCACAAUUUGCAUUCUGACUAUUGCAAUACAGUUCUUUGUAACAGGUGAAUAAAAUAAUUUGUUUUGAGGAAUUAAAUUAAAUUUGGUUACAUUACGAAAAUGGCCUAUUUCAAACGCUGUGUUUUAUUUAUUUAGAUUACUCAGUUUGUAAAGAUCUGCCUACAACAACUCUGAAUCUGAUCAUCUGAACAUUAAUGAAUUAUCAAAUAAAUGCUGCUUCUUCGACUCAUGAUUUUCAUUCAAGAGCAGGUCGAAUGAACAUGAAAAAAAAAAAUGUCUCUGUAAAUAAUCUUAAGUUAUUUCACAACUGCAUAUUUAUUUCCAUUGUAUUGCUUCUACUUUGCUGGGUAGCAAAUCUAUAUACUUUGUACAUAUCUAUAGAGUAAUUUAUCAGAACUGAGGAAAAUGACACUGAAUAUUGUUGCUAACAACUGAAAAAAUAUUGAUUACAAUGGUUGUAUACAAAUAAUCUGUGACCAAAAUGAGGUCUAUAUGUGACUGACUUGGCUGCUUCGACAGUGACAGUGAUUUGUAUUUCACAAUUUGAAACGGCAUUUUAUUUUAAGCCUUACAAUGUGACCAAGUUUACAAAUUGAAUAAAAUAUAAAUAUGACAUUUUUCCAAUCAUGGUUUAACUUGUUUAAAUGUAUAUAUAUGAAUAUUCAAAGUAUCAAACUUCAAUAAGCAAAUUAAAAAAAUAACAAUAAGUUUAAACAAGAUAAAGAAGUUUUUAGCCAAAAGAUAUUGGUUAUCAUUAUAAUUUACAGAACUCAAAGGGUUAAAAAGAAAUCUUUGGAGGCUUUCUGAUCCAGUGAGCAUUAUAAGUAAUUUGGGUCCUUUUUCUAAAUUUUCAUAUGAUUAAAUGGGUUCAUAGUUCAACUGUGCUAAAUUAUUGACAUUGAGCUUUUAUCUUUAAAAAGAGAGAGAGAGAGAGAUGAUUAAAUGAGAUACAGGUACAAGUUAUUCCUACGAGUCUCACUUUAUUUCUAAACCCCUCAAAAAAAAUUGUAAACUCAAAUUUGGUUGAGUGUACAUUGUUUUUCUCUUGUUAUGGCAUGAUUGUCACUAUGUUUAGUAUCAUCAGAAUUUAGAAAGGUGUUUAUUCCUCUUUAAAAAUAACAACUUUUCUGUCAUGGAAUGUGCAUUACAACAUCAUAAGGGGCAAGGUCAAACGUGAAAAAUUGCAAAAUGCACUGCACUUGUUCGGCUGUGCAUUCUUCUUCCUUAGAACAGUGUAGGGCUGCUGUGUAGUGCACCGCAUUACAAUACCAGUGCUUACCAGUUGCAUUUUGCAACUCUUCGCUUUUGACACCACCCCUUAUUCUUAUGUAGUGCUCAUUCCAUGGCUGCAAUAUCAUAACAAAUAGGGUAUCAUUUGAAAGAGGAAUAAACAUACUUUCUAAUGAUACAAACGAAAGUGAUAGUUAUCCCGUGAGAAGAGAGAUAUAACAGAUCAAACUUGAGUUUCCAAUCUUAUUUGAGGGGGGUUUAUAAUCAAAUUGAAGUUGAACAAUAGGUAGCAUAAAAAUGCUAGGUCUCACAAUAUACCACAUCUAAUGUGCUUGUCUAAGAGUUGCAGGUGUCACGAGUGUGGUAAUAUGAGUGCCAAAAAACAAAAAA